AUGAAACUAAACAUAAAAGCAUUUUGGAUAAACUUCACCCGCUUCAUCUUGCUUGGACUGUUUCUGCUUGAGCCUAUUGAGGUUCAUGGUGCUGUAGUUGUGAUUGGGGCCCGCCCAUACCUGGAAAGAGUUGCAAAACGUGUGGUGGAAAUCUUGGAAGGUAGAUACAUUUCGGGAAACUCUCUACCCAUCGCUGAUUACGUAGCUCCUAUCGAAAUCACCGAUAAAGGACUCUCCAUCAGUGGUAAUGUGUCGUUCCAUUCCGGAUUCCUCGCCAAGAUCGAUUCGAUCGAGUUCGAUGAGCAAAAGUUUACGGAAAUAUUCCUCAACACCGAAGUAAGCGUUCAGGGUGCUCUCAAAUGGAACGGUAUCGGCGUAGUGCUGGACUUUAAAGCGAACCUAGAAGAGUACGACGGAACCGGCACACUGUACGUCACGUACAAUCAGUUUGAUUUUCCGUUAAGGGUGUCCAAGUAUUUCAACUCGACCGAACCUACCGGCUCGCUACAGUUCAUGUCGAUAGAUAAUUCGAACAAGAUCGUUACGGUGGGCUAUCCCAACAACAAGUACGUGCAGCUGAUUUCACGGGCGGUAAUGACGAACUACGAUUUUCGCGAUUACAUGAUAGCGUCGUUCAGGAAUUGGAACUUUCAAAAUUUGCUACAGGCAGUCAUCGAUGAAAUACCUUUCCCUGAGGUGUGUUACAAUUGCUGAUUUACUGCGCAG